AUGUUUAAAUUAGUGGUGUUUUCGGUUUUUGUGUCGGUAGUUUAUUCAUCGGCUCCGUAUCCACCAGCCAAUUAUAAAUCUGCCAUCUUCGACAGUGAUUGCGAGCAUAAUGUUAUUCACGAACACGGAAUUGCUGUUCCAGAAUUAGCUGUUGAAACACAUCUCCCAUCUCACGUAUCUGUCUCGAGUGGUAGUAGUGCUCAGUGGAAACAUGACGUUAUCCAUAAGGAAAUACAUUCAGCUCCUACAGUUACACUUAAAACUUACGCUCCAGCCAAAGUUUCUCUUCCGGCUGCAAUCAGUACUCAGUGGACACAUGGAUCAAUCAGCGAACAUAGUCACGAUUCUCCUGCAGUGGAAUUAAAAUCAUAUGCCCCGGCAUAUUCCAUUUCUCCAGGUGCUGUCAGUACCCAGUGGAGACACGAUAUUAUUAAGGAACAUGGCCAUGAAGCUCCCGAGGUAGUUUUGGAAGCCCACGGCGGCUCUGGUUUAUCUCAUCACGGUUACAGCUAUGAGGCUCCGUCUAGUGCAGUCAGCACUCAAUGGAGACACGAUUUGAUCAAGGAAUAUGUCCAUGCUGCUCCUUCCGUACAUCUUAAACCUUACGCUCCUGUUCAUGUCGAUGCGCCAGCCGCUGUAAGCACCCAAUGGAGACAUGAUAUUAUAGAAGAAGGAGAUCAUGCUUCUUCUGUUAAGUCCUAUUCUUCUCAACAUGAACAUUCUCCAGAUGCAGUCAGUAGCCAGUGGAGGCACGAUGUGAUCAAAGAAGAAUCCCAUGAAGUUCCUAUUGCUAUCAAGACCUAUGCGCCCGCCUAUGCUGACCAUUCAGCUGCAGUUAGCAGCCAGUGGAGACAUGACAUUAUUAAAGAUCAUGCAACUCCGUUUAUAAUUGAAGUUCACCCCAAAGAAGAUGCACAUGCACAUGCUACCCCAGAAAUCCACAGUACUGCUUCCGCUGGACACAUCAUCCACUGGGGACAUGAUACCGCAAAUGAAGAAACCCAUGCUUUCGAGGGUCAUCAUGCUCCUGUUGUAGAGCUUAAACCGUAUGCUCCAAGUCAUGUUUAUGCUCCAGCUGCAGUCAGUAGCCAAUGGAGACACGAAAUUAUUAAAGAAGAAUCCCAUGAAACUCCCGCUGUAGCAAUCGAAGCUCAUCAUGCUGCACCUGCAAUCUACAGUACCGCAUCCGCUGGUCACAUUAGCCAAUGGGGACACGACACCACAGAAGAAGAAUCUCAUACCCUUGGAGGUCAUCAUACUCCUAUUGUAGAACUGAAACCUUAUGCUGCCGCUCAUGUUUCUGCUCCAGGUGCUGUCAGUAGCCAAUGGAGACACGAAAUUGUUAAAGAAGAAUCCCAUGAAACUCCCGCUGUAGUCAUCGAAGCUCAUCACGAUGCACCUGCAAUCUACAGUACCGCAUCCGCUGGUCACAUUAGCCAGUGGGGACACCACACUACAGAAGAAGAAACUCAUACCCUUGGAGGUCAUCAUACUCCUAUUGUAGAACUGAAACCUUAUGCUGCCGCUCAUGUUUCUGCUCCAGCUGCAGUCAGCAGUCAAUGGAGACACGAAAUUGUUAAAGAAGAAUCCCAUGAAACUCCCGCUGUAGUCAUCGAAGCUCAUCAUGAUGCACCUGCAAUCUACAGCACUGCAUCUGCUGGUCAUAUUAGCCAAUGGGGACACGACUCUACAGACGAAGAAACUCAUACCCUUGAGGGUCAUCAUACUCCUAUUGUAGAACUGAAACCUUAUGCUGCCGCUCAUAUUUCUGCUCCAGCUGCAGUCAGCAGCCAAUGGAGACACGAAAUUGUUAAAGAAGAAUCCCACGCAACUCCCGCUGUAGCUAUCGAAGCUCAUCAUGCUGCACCUGCAAUCUACAGCACUGCAUCCGCUGGUCACAUUAGCCAAUGGGGACAUGACACUGCAGAAAAAGAAACUUAUACUCAUGAAGGUCAUGAUGCUUCUACCGUAGAACUUAAACCUUAUGCUGCAGCCUAUGUUUCUGCUCCAGCUGCAGAGAGCAGCCAAUGGAGACACGAAAUUGUUAAGAGUGAAGUUCAUGCAGCUCCUGCUAUAACCAUCGACGCACAUCAUACUGCUCCAGCUAUCCACAGUACUGCUUCCGCUGGGCACAUCAGUCAGUGGCAACAUGAUAUCGUUGAAGAAAAAACCCUUGACGGUCAUCAUGCUCCUAUUGUUGAACUUAAACCUUAUGCCGCAGCCCAUGCUUCUGCCUCAGCUGCAGUCAACAAUCAAUGGAAACACGAAACUGUCAAAGAAGAAACUCAUACAGCUCCUGUCGUAGCCAUCCAAACUCAUGCUGUUAAAACAUACGCACCAGUCUAUAGCAGUGCUUCCUCUGGACACAGUAGCCAAUGGCAGCAUAAUUUAGUAAAAGAAGAAUCUCAUGGUAUUGAAGCUCACCAUGCACCAAUUUCUGUUCAUGUAUCCGCUCCAGCUGCAAUCAGUAAUCAUUGGAACCACAAUCUGAUAAAUGAGAUUCACGCUGCUCCUGCUGCUAUAAUUGCACCGUACCCUGCAGCUCACUCAAAAGUUCAUGAAUGUGAUUAA